CCUUUUCCCACACCUUCAGCUUGUCCGUAACUCGUUCAGCAUAAGUACGCUCAAGCUGGUGGGUGAGCCGGAACAGUGAGCUCAUUGCAGUACAUUCAGUACCUAUCAUCACUGGCCCGGGCGCACUACUACGAUUCGAUUAAUAUUGCCACCAGGUUGACUACAUCAGCUUUGCCACGGUACGACCAGACGCAAUUUCAAACAAGAUGGCCGACGCCCUAGAGUCCGAUUCAUGCUCGGGCACGGUCGCGAUAGCCAGUCGGAGCGCGCCACAAAAGUUCCAAGCUCCCUACGACCGAGUAGACGGCGAUGUGAUCCUUCGCUCUUGCGACGAUGUCUCAUACCGGGUUCAUCGUAUCAUCUUGACGAUGGCAUCCCCCGUGUUUGCAGACAUGUUCAGCCUACCGCAGUCCUCCGACAUCGUGACGCCCUCAGAGACUGAUCAGCACACUGUCUCGCCGCCGAUCGUGGACUUGACUGAGGAUGGCAAAACGAUACGCGCUAUACUGGACGCCUGCUACCCAUUCAAGGAUCCCGACCUGAACGAUCUCGACGCUGUUCGAACCGCACUGGAGGCGGCCGCGAAAUAUGAAGUGGCCAAAGCCAUUCAGUUCGGCGAGCGCAGGUUACAGGCCUUCGUAGAAAAAGAGCCGCUGCGCGUCUUUGCGAUCGCCUGUAAAAUGGACUUCGAGGACAUGGCUAAAGCUGCCGCUCAUCAAGUACAUGCUCGAUCGAUUUUCAAGGCGGGACUGGUCUAUGUCAAGGAACUGGACGAAGUAUCCGCAGGUUGCUAUCAUAGGCUAUUGCAACACUACAGGCGAAGAGGCAACUGGAAAGGGCUCAAAUUUUGUAUGACCAGUAAACUCAGUGGAAAAGCGGUCAAAAAACGUGCAAAAGGUCAAGCGAAACAAACGCCACUGCCACCAGCAUCUGACGCUCCUCCGCCAUUCCACUCCCCCCAUGCCGACGCAGUCAUUAUCACAUCAGACAACGUUCAUUUCCAUCUGCAGAGACAGUUCAUUUCUACGGUUGCCCCUGGCCUUGCCGAUAGAUUUCCCGUUGCGACGGCACUCAAAGCUGUUCAGUGCGUUGACGUAGCCGGAGACUCGGAUGCGUAUCUGAGCCGUAACAGAGAGCGAGCGGAACAGCAUUCCUCUCUUGCCGUCGAGGAAGAUAGCACGGUCGUUGGCGCUUUGCUGCAACUUUGCAGCCCUCUAGACGUUCCCGAUUUACCCGGGGAAGACAUUGACUUCCUCACUCGUUUGGUGGAUGCUGCACGGAAGUACCGAAUAGAAAGGGUCAUAUGGCUAUUGAAAAUCCUUUGGCCACGGUAUCUCCCACAUGAGCCAUUCCGGGCGUACGUUCUUGCUUCUUGCUACGGGUGGACGAUGCAAGCCAAGGACGCCGCACGCGUUCUCCUGGGUGAGACUUUCGAGGCAAUCGAAACAUCAUACUCACCUGCGUUGGAAAUCAUAUCGACCCAACCUUACUUUCGUCUCCUCGCCUAUCAUGCCAACUGCAGCGCAGCUAUUUCCGACGCCGGCACUGCGAUGACGACCUGGCUCUCGGACGACGAAGUCAUCAAGAACAUCUCGAGCUCAUGCAGGUCUUGUUCGACAUACUAUACCAAUGAUAAGACCGCUCGAUGGAUUGUUCCAGCGAUCUCUAAAGCCGUGGAACUCCUGCUUCAACGUCCGUCUCCGCGAAUGCUCACGGAGGGUAUCCGUCUCGCCGAAAUCAUUUCCUCGAUCCAGGAAAAGAAAUGCAGUUCUUGUUCUCCGUCGCCCCUCAUCUAUAUCUCAUUCUGUGAUUCUGUUGCUUCCAAAGCACAACAAUUGAUUGACAACGU